AUGUCGAGCUCGGACGGCGCCUCCCUACUCCACGGCGGGGCUGAGUCCUCCUCCGGGGACGCGCAGGGCGCUCGGCGCGACGGCAACGACGCGUCGUCGGGGCGGGUGGACCACGACGAAAACGCGGAAUCGUCCUCAUCCUGCCUCGGCGCGCUCAAGGCUGAGCCGCUGCUCAUCAAGACCAUCGUCGGCGUCAUGCUCGGAAUCGUCGUCGGCUCCAUUGUCCGCGCGGCGAAUCCGACGCCGCGAGCGGUGGAGCUCAUCGGCUUCCCGGGCGAGCUGUUCAUGCGCCUGCUCCGAGCGCUCAUCAUCCCGCUCGUCGCCGUCACCAUGUCCCGCGGUGUCACCUCCCUGUCGGCGCGGUCCGGGGGUUCCGCGAAGAGGGUCGCGAAGCGGCUCGUCGCGAGCUACGCGCUCACAACACUGGUGGCGUGCGCCCUGGGCAUCAUCGUCGUCGAAAUCGUCCGUCCGGGGGUCGGCGUCGUCGUCGACGGAGCGCGAUGCGACAAAACCGUCGUAAAACCGUCGUCAAAACCGUCGCCGCCGCCGCCGAGCGUCGUCAACGCCACCGCCGGCGUGAGCGCGGUCGAUUCGCUCCUUCACACCGCCCGGAGCUUCGUUCCCGAUAACAUCGUCGAGUCCGCGGCGCGAGGCGACGUGCUCGGGGUCAUAGCGGCGUCGCUCAUGUUCGGAGCCGCGGUGAGCGCGUCGCCCGGCGAUUCGGCGGCGCCCACUGUGGCCCUCCUCGACUCGUUGAACGCGGCGAUCGAGGUGGCGGUGGGAUGGGCCAUCGGAUUGAUGCCGCCCGGCGUGUUGUCGUUAGUCGCCGGGCGCGUCGCGGGUUCGUGCGACCCGGCAGGGACGUUGGCCGCGCUGGGCAAGUACCUGUGUUCGGUGUUGCUCGGGUUGGGGAUUCACGGCGGAGCUGUUCUGCCCGCGAUGUACGCGUUGGCGACGAGGAACUGGAGCGGGCGGAUGAUGCUGGGCCGGGGGAAUGAGACGCCGGGGUGGCGCGCGGUGCUUCAAAAGGGCGCCCCCGCGCUCGUCACCGCGUUCGCCACUGAUUCCUCGUCCGCGACGCUGCCGGUGACGCGGCGGUGCGCCAAGACGUUGGGCGUCCCCUCGGCUCUGGCCGAUUUCGCCCUGCCCCUCGGAGCCACCGCGAACAUGAACGGCACCGCGCUGUACGAGUCGCUCACGGUGCUGUUCAUAGCGCAGCUGCACGGGGUGGAGUUGGGGGUGUGGGGCACGACGGUGGUGGCGACGACGGCGACGAUAGCGGCGGUGGGCGCGGCGGCUGUGCCCAGCGCCGGGCUGGUGACGAUGCUCAUCGUCCUGCAAGCCGCGGGGCUCGAGGAGUUCGCCGGGGACGUCGGCGUGUUGGCCGCGCUGGACUGGUUCUUGGAUCGGUGCAGGACCGCGGUGAACGUGGAGGGGGACCUGAUGGUGGUCGCCGCCGUGAACCACUGGGAAGGGAACGACGCGGAGGAUGAGGAGGACGCAAGUUAG